CAAUUCUGCGCGGUUUGGGACGGAACCGCCGGGAGGACGCGAAGGCGCAAAACUAGCCGAGUUAUAAAACGUUGGCUAAUCAGAGUUAAGAGUUAAUUACAGUCAACAUGGACUGGAGUCAGAACUGGCUGAACUCUCCAGUGGUUCGAGAUUCAGAAGUGACGCGAGCUGCCCGAAGGAAAAGCUCACACAAGAAGGUGGCGUUUCCUCUUGCGCAGGAUGAGUCUCCUACAGCUGCCUUUACCGAGACCACGACCCCGGCGCGACCGCUGCUGCGUCAGACUCCCGGCUCUCUCCUCAAACACGCGUUCACCCCGAGAAGUGCGCUUAAGAACCCAGACGUGUCGGCCAUCUUGGGUACAGGGGGCAGGUCGGCUCGCUUUGUGCACACGCCGCGGCCCAAAGGCAGCCUCAGCAUGAACCUGGACGACAGUGACUGGACGAACAGUCUGUACCCGAGUCCUCUGUCUGUGCUGGGAGACGGCAGCUUCACAGAAGACAUGAACAUGAGCGCCGUUAUGCUGAAGGAGGAGGAUCCAGGAGAGGCUGCGUCAGUCAGUCUGUUCCCGGAGUUUCUGCAGUCGUAUCUGCGUCACUCCUCCACCGCUGUGUUUGACCUGCUGGACAACUAUGAGGCGAUCUGUCAGGAUAAGGUGAGCACACUACAGAAGCUGGUCCUGCGCUCGUCCUCCAGUCAGCAGAAAUCCUCGAAAACGGCCAGUAUCACCUGGCUCCUGCAGCAGGAAACCGUCACCUGGAGACUCAUCAACUCACUCUACAGGGACAGGAUUCAGACAGCUAUGGAGGACGGUCUGAUGAUGGAUAUAACUUCUCCCAGUGAAAGUGAAAAGUCGAUAAUGGAGCAGUUUUUUCAGAGGGACAGCAUGGUGCGACAGAGCCAGCUGGUCGUGGACUGGCUCGAGAGCAUCGCCAAAGAUGAGAUCGGCGAUUUCUCCGAUAAUAUUGAAUACUACGCUAAAUCUGUGUACUGGGAGAACACUCUGCACACUCUGAAGUUGAGGAGGGAUCAGGCGAGUGCGCCCUUCAGCAGACCCCUGGUGACCGAGCUGGACCCCGACGCCCCCAUCAGACAGAAACGCCCGCUGGCAGACCUGGACCGAGAGGACGACGCCCGUCUGCUCCGAUACAUCUACACACUCGUCCGCGCCGGCAUGACCGAUGAGGCUCAGAGGCUGUGUAAGAGAUGUGGUCAGGCCUGGCGUGCUGCCACCCUGGAAGGUUGGAAACUUUAUCAUGACCCCAACUACAGUGAAGGAGGGGCGGAGCUGCAGCCGGUGGAGGGGAACCCUCAGAGGUGUGUGUGGAAGGUGUGCUGUUGGAGGAUGGCUGAGGAGGAGCAGUUCAACAGGUAUGAGCGAGCCAUCUACGCUGUGCUGAGUGGAAAUCUCCGACAGUUGUUGCCUGUGUGCGAGUCAUGGGAAGAUACGGUAUGGGCAUAUUUUCGUGUGCUGGUCGACUCGUUGCUCGAGCAGGAGCUGCGUUCUUCAGGGCUGAGUCAUGAGGAGCUGGAGGAGCUGCCCAGAGAAUACCUGGAGGCCAGUUGGACGAUGGAAAAAGUUUUUGAGGAGCUCCAAGCAACCGAGUCAAAGAGAGUUCUGGAAGCCACCAAGGAGCACUAUCACAUUAUUCAGAAAUUCGUCAUCCUCGGAGAUUUGGAUGGUCUUCUGGAAGAGUUUGGUGAAUGGUUGGGAAAGACGCCACCAUUACCGGCUCAUCUCCUGCGCUUCAUGACUCACCUGGUGCUGUUCUAUCGCAGUCUGGGGAUGCAGCUGAAGGAGGAAGUGUGUGUGGACGUGCUGAAGGCUUACAUCUCUCUGCUGGUGAAGGAGAAGCAGGUGGAGCUCAUAGCGUUCUACGUCAGUCACCUGCCCAUGGACAUGGGCGUGCCUCAGUACGCCCGCUUCCUGGAGGAAGUGACGGAGACGGAACAACGCAAACGCUGUCUGGAGCUUGCGGGACAAGCUGGUCUGGACGUUGCGGCGGUCACUAAGACUGUGGUGGAGACGGUGAGAGAGCGAGACGGAGAGGAGUUCUCCCACCAUGACCUCACUCCGGCGCUGGACACAGGCACUACAGCGGAGGAUCGUCACAAGAUCGACGUCAUCGAUUGGCUGGUGUUUGACCCCGCCCAGCGUGCUGAGGCCUUGAAGCAGAGCAACGCCAUCAUGAGGAAGUUCCUGGCCUCCAAGAAGCACGAUGCUGCUAAACUGGUCUUCGCCAAAGUCCCAGAAGAUUCCAUGCGGGAAAUUUACCGUCAGUGGGAGGAGCAGGGAAUGAACACGCCGCUGCCUGCUGAGGAAGAGAACGCCAUCCGAGAGCACCUCUGUAUCCGAGCCUACCUGGAAGCUCAUGAAGCCUUUAAUGAGUGGUUCAGACACAUGAACUCGCCCCCUGUGAAGCCCACUCAGCCCACCCAGGCCAAGUUCACGGAGACCGUCGCCUACGAGAUGAAGGAGAAGGAGUACAAGAUGGAGUAUGAGAACUGGCAGGGCCGACUGAACGCUCUGACCGAGGAGGUGAAGGAGAGGAUCUACAACGUGCUGCUGUUUGUGGACGGAGGCUGGAUGGUGGAUGUCAGAGAGGAUGCGGAGGUGGACUCGGAGCGCUCCAUUCAGAUGGCUCUGCUCCGGCGCUUGUGUUUGCCCAUGAUGACGUUCCUGCUGCUGACGGUGCUGCAGAGAACCGAGCGUCACCAGGAGAGCCUUCGCCUUGCCGACAUCAUCGCCUCCGACCAGCACCGACUGUACGAGGUGUUCUCCAAAGACGAGCUGCAGAAGUUUCUUCAGAAGAUGAGGGAGUCGUCUCUGCUGUUAUUGGAUAAAGGGCUCGAUCCUCUCGGCUAUGAGCUCCAGUCCUAGAUAGAAUACUCCUGAUAUUUGGUUGUUUAUUUUAUUUCUAUUUUGUACUUGAAUAAAAGUGUGUGAGCUUCUUGAGAUCAUGAAA